CGGACAGAAGUGCCUCAGGAAUGGAUAUUGACCUCAGCGCUGUUGGGGUGUCCCAGACAUUAAGACCCACGAGCAGCUUUGUUGUUGGAAAGUUUGUUAAAGCAUUGGAGAAAGCCUCAACCAAAGAAAACCUCAAUGCAUCUCAGACAAAUGGCCUGCAGAAUUUUAAACCAGUUCAGUUUGCAGAAAUAGCAGCGGUCACCACAGACCCUGAGCUUUCAUUUACUGAAGUCACUGCGUCACCUCAAACAACAGUCUAUUCUUCUGAGCUGGAGACAGAUCCUGGGAAUCAAACCACGCCCACAGCAGAGAGCAUUAUUCCAUUCUAUGAGGGAAUCCUGAUACCCAACACCACUACGCUUGUUACGAUGACCUCCGAUUGAAAUCUCACUCCAUGGGUUUUUUACGUAUUUUGC